GUUAAACGAUCUUGUUUUACAACAAUUACAUUUUCAAAAGGAGUGGAAAUAAGGAUUCGUAAAUUAAUUCAAUAGUUGACCAUAUGAGCGCUGUAUCCAAGUUCCCACUUGUUUACGAUAGUGGUUGUCAUCUAACUUCACUUUUCCGUUGAUCGCGAAUUGAGUAUCAAAGAGAAUUUCGUCGCGCCGUUUCACCGAGAUAACGGCAGUGUGAUUAAUGUGAUUGUUCUAAAUGGAAAGUGCCAACAAAUAAUAUAUAAUUAUACUCUGCAGUGUUAAUUAAGUGCACGAAUAAGUGAAAUAUCCAAAAAUGACGGAAGCAAAGCCAUCGGGCAUAAGACCACCUUCGAAAAUUGGUAGACCAUGUUGUACACUGCCACCGAGACCAUCUAUUCCUCCGUCAUCGCCAAAAGCAUCAGGCAACAGCAUGGAUCACCUCUGGGAAGCGCAUGGCCGUAAAUUAAGUGAGGCUGGAUUGCGCAGAGGAUCAGAUACUAGUGUCGUAUUGACGGAGGACACGGACAGCUUCAUAAUAGGAGAUCGAGUAUGGGUUGGUGGCACGAAGCCCGGUUCAAUAGCUUACAUCGGCGAAACACAAUUUGCUCCGGGAGAUUGGGCUGGUGUGGUACUCGACGAGCCCAUUGGAAAGAACGAUGGGUCUGUUGCCGGCUGUCGAUAUUUUCAAUGCGAACCUAAACGUGGCAUUUUCUCACGCUUAACGAGAUUGACCAGACAACCUUUGCCAGAAUCAUCAUCGUCACCGAUUCUAAGAACUCCUACGACUCCACCAGACAGUACAAGGGGAUGUUUGAUCAAGUCCAUUUCACCCUCUUUGAACGCAUCGACGACCAGCCUUUCGUCGACGGUGUCGCAAAGGGAUCUGAAAAUAGGUGAAAGGGUCAUAGUAUCCUCCAGUCAGGGCAGCAAAACAGGAGUACUUCGUUAUAUGGGAAUAACAGAGUUUGCGUCUGGAGAAUGGUGUGGAAUCGAAUUGGAUGAACCUCUUGGGAAAAAUGAUGGUUCUGUCAAUGAUCAAAGGUACUUCGAAUGUCGACCGAAAUACGGCCUGUUUGCACCAAUGCAUAAGGUCAGUAAGUCACCCUUGAACAAAAGAACAUCCUGCGUGGUUCACAGGCCGUCCGGUGCUGCACUUAACUCGACUUUGAAGAGGACAAAUUCUCGAGAGUCACUAGUCUCGAUUUCCAGCGUUAACAGCAGUAUUGUUGGCUCGAAAAUUUCUACAGGCGCUACGAGGCGGCCUGGUAUGCGCACGUCGACACCCAUUCAAAGUUCAUUGCAGGAAAUGUUAAAGGAGAAACAACAGGAAAUUGAAUUUCUUCGAAGAGAACGAGAUUUGGAAAGGGAUCGUGUCACGAAAGCUGCUAAUCAGGCUGAUCAAGCGGAACAAUCUGUGAUCUUAAUUAAACAAGAAUAUGAUAAGUAUCGCGAGGAGAUGGAAAAGACCGUUCUCAAUGUGGAAAUGGCCCUUAACAAAAUUUUAGAAGAGAAGAACACUUUGGCAAUACAGUUAGAAGAGGAAAGAAGAAAAUGCGAGGACCUUCUCUUCCGUUUUGAGGAAGAAUCCGUCAAUAAAGAUGACAUACAAAAAGAGAGAAGUGAUCAAAGUGUAAUAAAUACAGUAAAUGAAAACAGAAUCAAGGAACUCGAGAAACUACUUUCGGAGGAAAGGGAACGGGUUAUACAGCUUGAACGUGACAGUACGAAAUUAUUCGAAGCUGAGGAAGAACUUGCGCGUUUACGUAGUUGUCAAACAAGUAAUCAAGACAAAAUAGAAUUCGAAGAUCUACGUAAUCGGAACGAAAAUUUGAAGGAAACGAAAGAUGCGUUGGAAAAACAAGUCAACGAAAAAACUGUUCUGGUAGAAGAAUAUCUUGAAUCAAUGAAAAAUCUUGAAGUAAAAUUGAAGGAAAAGGAAGAGGAAGGUAAUUUGAAGAAACAAGUCGAAAACGAUCUUCAAAAUAAUUUGAAAGAAACCAAGGAAACCCUUCGAGAGAAAUUAAUGUACAUCGAAAACAUGAGGCAAGAGUUUGAGAUCAAUACGAAUGCGUUGAAGAAAGAAUUAACGGAGAUGAAGAAAAGGAUCGAGGAUGUUAACGAGAAACACGCGACCGAGAAACAAUCGUUGAUUGUGGAAUAUGAGAAAAUUGUUGAAGAUAAAAACAAACAGAUAGAAAUGAAAUCGCAACAAUUGACUAGCGAGUCUCAAAAACAUUUGGAAAGUCAGAGCAACGUGUUGGAAAAUUUGAAGGCUGAGAAUAUGAAACAUAUUAAUGAACUUUCCGAAUCAUUUGGUAAACAAUUAAAUGUAAAGGAUUCCAAACUCAAAGAAAUAUCUUCGCAAUUGAACGAGAAAAUUUCUGAAGCCCAAAAACUCUCGAACGAGUUAUCGAAUCAGCAAGAUUUGUAUAAUAGAAAGGACAAAGAAUUGAACGAUAUUUUGCACAAACUUGAAGAAUUGAAUGUACAAUUGAAAGCAGCCGAAAGUAAAAAUGUUUUGCUCGCGGAUCAACUUCGAAUUCAGGAACACGCGGCCGAAGAUACGGACAGGAUAAUGAAAGAGAAAGAAAAAUUGGAAGAAGACUUGUCUAUGUUAAGAGCUACGGCAACAGAUUCCUCUGCAUACUUAGAAAAAUUAAACGAAGAAUUAAAAUUAAAAGACAAAGAACUUGCGGAACUUCGAGCUUCUAUGACAACGCAAAUCGAAGAAUUAAAGAAAGAAUUUCAAGGAGAAAUCGAUGUGAAAUCUAAAUACAUCGAAGAGAUUAAUUUAGACGCGUCGCAGAAAACGAUGAUACUCAAUAAGAAAGAAAAGGAGAUUUCUGAAUUGAAAUCUUUAGUCGAGAGCAAAGACGAAGAGAUAAAACAUCUCGUAGAAAAGAAUUCAGAAUUACAAUAUGCACUUACGUUAUCCGAGCAAACUAAAACGAAUUUGGAAAGCGAACUACGUGUAUUCGAAUCGAAUAUAGAGAAUUUAAAUCAACAAUUAGCAAGGGCCGAAGAAAAAUUCGUUAAUGUAUCUUCCCAAAAAGAUAAAUUGGAAUUAGAUAUAGCUAACUUGAUAAGUAGCUCUGCCAAUUCCUCCGAGCAAUUAACGAAAUACAACGAUGAGUUGCGGGAAAAAGAAAGAGAUAUUGAUAAAUUGCAGGAUAAGGUGUAUCAAAUGGAAAAAGAUUUAACAAGUACGCAAGGGAAACUAGAAAAUACAGAAAAGGAAUUGAAUAAAAAUGUUUCUCUGUUGCAAGAAUCGCGUUUAGAAACGGAGAAUAUUAAAUCUCAAUUAAUCAAAGAGAAAGAACUUUGCCUUGAACUUUCGGAGAAGAUUAAAAAACACGAAUCCAAAGAAAAUGAUCUUCUCAAUGAAAUAGAAAUUGCUAAGAGUACGGAAUUAAGUUUGAAAGAAAAAUCUAACUUGAUUUCCGAUCUUAACGAUAAAUUGAAGAAAAUUGAGGAAGACAAAGUUAUUCUUCGUAAAGAGUAUGAAACUGCAGAGGAGUCGUUUAAAAGAGAAUCUUUGGAUCUUCAAAAGCAAUUGGACGACGUGAAGACGCAACUAAUCGCGUCGAAGGAAGAAAUACAAGUUUUGCAAAAAGCAAAAGUAAAAUUGGAAGCUAAUCAAAGUGCGAGUCGUUGGUCGAUCGAAGAAUUAACUGACAAAUUAAACUCGGAAACGGAAGCUCGUACUAAACUUGAUUCUAUUAUUGCGGAAAAGAAUUCGAAAAUCAAAUCUUUGGAUGACGCGCUUUCUGAUUUGCGACGAGAAAAAGAAAUGAUUAAUUUAAAUAGAGAAAUGACUAAUCAAGAAACCGUUAACACAUUAAAUAGUAUGGAAAAUACUGUCGCAGAUUUAAAUGAAAAAUUAGUUGUCGCUACUGAAAAUAUAGAAACUAAGAGUAACGAAUUGGCUAUCGCACAAGCGGAAGCUGAACAACGUAAAACGCAAAUUUCAGAGCUAACUGUAGAAUCAGAUUCGCUGAAAAAUUCUCUGAUACAAAUUAACGAUAAAUUACAUAACUUAGAAAAUAAACUAAAGGAGAAAGAUAAUGAGCUUCGUAAAACUGAAGAAGAUAAAACUCGCUUAGAAGAUAAUUUAAAACAAGUAGAAAUAGAAUUAAAGAAUGUGCAAUCUGACAUAGUAACUAAGAACAAUAUACUCGCUGAAUUAAAUGACAAAAUAAAAGAUGUACAAGACACUAAAGAAGACUUUAUAAUUAAAUUACAAAAUAAGUUGGAAAGUGAUAUUAAGGCUAAAGAAUCUGCAUUAGAAAUAAGUGAGAAACAAAGGAACGAGUUGGUACAAGUUAAAGAGUCGCUCGAACAACUACUUGCUACUAAAAGUGCUGAUUUGAAUGCCAACGAAAUAACUAUGAAUAAUUUAAAAGAACAAUUAAAAGUUUUACAAGACAAGCAAGAACAUACGGUAGCUAAAGAAGACUCGAAGAAAGAAGAAGUCAAAGCUAUGACGAAUGAAAUUGAAGAAAUGCGUAAAGAAAACACAAACUUAUUAAUUACGAAAAAUACUCUAGAAAAAUUGAUUAUGGAACAACGUAGUCAAAUUGAUAUGUUAACAAAUACUAUUAAAAGUAAAGAGAAAGAAGCGGAGAAAAAUACGCAAAAUCUCAUUGAAAAAUUAAAUAUUGUUACGACGGAAGCAGCCCAAUUGAAAGAAGUACACAGUCGUCUGGAGAAGGAAAAUAAACAGAUUGCUUCAAAAUUAUCUGAGGCUACGAAUCAAUUGAAAUUAUCACGCGAAAGCAUAAAAAAUAAUUUCGAUGCAGCUGGUGGUGACGUGAAUCAACAAAUGGAUAAAGAUAUCGAGGUGAUAAGAUUGAAAGAAGAAAACGAAUUAGUUAAAGGCCAAAUUGAUUUCCUAAACUCUGUAAUAGUGGAUAUGCAGAGAAAAAAUGAAACUCUGUUGUGUAAAAUAGAAGUUUUAGAAAUGGGUGUACCCGCAAAUGAAGCAGAUGAUUAUAAUCGGACCACCCUAGACAAACGAAAUAAAGCACCUCGUAUGUUCUGUGAUAUUUGCGAUCAAUUUGAUUUACACGAAACAGAGGAUUGUCCGCGUCAAGCUCAAGAUUUUACCGAGCCGGAGAAAAUCAUUAAAUCUCCGAAGAAAUCAUCUUUGGAGAGACCGUAUUGUGAAAAUUGCGAAACCUUCGGACACGAUACACGUGAUUGCGAUGAUACAGAAACAUAUUAACGUCGUAUUGUUAUCUGUAGUCCUAUUUACAAUGCUUGCCAGAAAUCCUAAUUAUAUAAAGAAAUUUGUUAAAGUUUGCAGAGUAUAUUUUUGUAUCAGAGAAAUACAAUCAGGUCCUAAUAUGUGAGCAUGUCUUCCUUCGCGUAGGAUUAAUAUUUCUGCAUAAGUUGAGGCAUUUUGUAUAGAAAGAAAAA